AUGGUGAUCAUCACUCCAAAAGUACUCCAUUUAUUUCCCAUCUUCUCCUUCUUAUUACUGUUAUUACUGAAAUUUUCAUUAGCAGCAACAACAUAUAAUGUGCAAAGUUACGGGGCAAAACCCGACGGAAAAUCCGAUUCGACGAAGCCUUUUCUUAAUGCAUGGGCAGCGGCUUGUGCAUCAGGAAAACCAUCAACAAUUUACGUACCACAAGGAAAAUACGUGCUCGGCACGGCACAAUUCUGGGGACAUUCUUGUAAGAACUCCAUAACGAUACGGAUCGAUGGCACGCUGGUUCAGCCGUACGAUUACCAUGUCACUGGCCACAAUGCUCAUUGGCUUAGCUUUGAACGUGUUAACGGAGUUAAAAUUAUCGGUGGAACCCUAGAUGGACAAGGUGCCGGACUUUGGAGCUGCAAGGCCUCCGGCGGUAAUUGUCCUGGCGGAGCAUCGACAUUGGGAAUUUACAAUUCGAACAACAUUGUGGUGAGUGGAUUGACAUCAUUAAACAGCCAGCUGUUUCACGUUAUUGUUGAUGGCUGCAACAAUGUCAUGAUACAAGGAAUGAAGAUCUCAGCCUCAAGCAAUAGCCCUAAUACCGAUGGCAUUCAUAUUCAAAAUUCUAAUGGUGUCACUGUGUUAAGCUCUAUAAUUGCCACUGGGGAUGAUUGUAUUUCCAUGGGCCCUGGUUCCUCUAAUGUGUUGAUCCAGAGUAUUUUCUGUGGCCCUGGACAUGGAAUAAGCAUUGGGAGCCUAGGGUGGAAUAAACAAGAACCUGGAGUUCAAAAUGUGACUGUAAAAAGUGUCAAUUUUCAAGGUACUCAAAAUGGUGUCAGAAUAAAGACUUGGGCAAGACCUAGCAAUGGAUUUGUAAAGAAUGUACUUUUCCAGGAUGUAACAAUGGGGAAUGUAAAAAAUCCUAUCGUCAUUGACCAACAUUACUGCCCUGAUCACCCUAAUAGUUGCCCCAAUCAGGCAUCUGGAGUGAAAAUUAGUGCUGUAACAUUCAAACAAAUUCGUGGAAGAUCAGCAUCGCCAGUGGCUAUAUCAAUUGGUUGUAGCCAAAAUAACCCAUGCAGAAGCAUAACAUUUCAAGAUAUUAGCCUUACUUAUGGGAAUCAAGCCGCUAGAGUUGCAUGCGCUUAUGCUGGUGGGAGUUAUCAUGGAUUUGUUCAACCCAGAGGCUGUUUGUAG